GAAGGAGUAAGUAUAUCUGUUCGAGUGUUAAGACGAACGAGGAGAAAUCCUGACUCUGCGGUCUACACAUUCCGAGUGGCAUAUCGCUGAAACUGGAUUCUCGAGGCCCUUCAGAGGACCAUCUCCAGCAAGGCUUUGAACCAUCCCGGCGGUCAAGAUAUUGUCUCCUGCUCUUCCUAACACUCCCACCACGAUCCUCCCAAGAUGGUGUUCGGCUUCAACAACAUAAACAUAAACAGCUACCAGAACAAAAACCCUGACCCCUCAAUCGCCAUCUACCCUGCCCUCCACGCAUCGGACGCGCCCUAUUCCAUCCAAGAGCAGCCUCUGCGCUCGGCGAUUUUCAUCCCAGCCGACUUCAAGCACGGCACUGAUGGAAAGACGCCCGUGAUCCUCGUGCCGGGCACAGGCUCGUACGGCGGCGAAGCAUUCCAGCACAACUUUGCCAAACUUCUCCGCGCCAGCACCUUCGCCGACCCAAUAUGGCUGAACAUCCCAGGCCGCAUGUGUGACGAAGCGCCCAAGAAUGCCGAACAUGUUGCCUAUGCCAUCAACUACAUCGCGACCGUGUGCGGCAAGAAAGUGGCAGUGGUGGCCUGGUCACAGGGCAACCUGUCGACGCAGUGGGCGCUGAAAUACUGGCCCAGCACCCGCGCCCAAGUCAGCAACUUCAUUUGUCUUUCGGCCGACUUUAAAGGGACAGUCGAGGCCUGGGGGCUGACACCGCUCCAAGGCAUGGUGCCUGGCACUCCAGCCGUGUGGAACCAGACCAUGAAUUCGAAGUUCAUCGCCACCUUGCGUUCGAAUGGUGGAGACUCGGCUUAUGUACCCACGACGUCGAUAUACUCGGCGACAGACGAGGUCGUGCAGCCACAGUUCGGGUCUCACGCCUCGGCCUUUAUGAAAGACGAGAGAAAGGUUGGGGUGACCAAUUGCGAGCUGCAAGUCGCAGCGUUCAUGAAGCCUGCCGGGCUGGCGUACUCGCACGAAGGCGUCAUGUACAGCUCACUUGCCUGGGCGCUGGCCGAGGAUGCCAUCAAGAACGGUGGACCAGGCAGCUAUGACCGGAUCAACAUGGCAAGUGUAUGCAUGCACAGAAAAGCCCCCGGGUUGAGUCUCUUGGAUGCGACGCAGACUCAAGCGCUGAGCGGGUGGUGCUUGAAGAGCAUCCUCCUCUUUAUGCCCAAGCCAUGGCGUGAGCCUGCCCUUCCUCUGUACGUCGCGUCGGAAAAGAUCAACUAUGUUGCCGAAGAGGUUGCCAUACCCGCGAAGCCAGCGGUUGCUGUGGUGGAGACGGAGGUCGCUGAAGCGGAGGUCGUUGCUACCUAG